GCUUCGCAACCACUUCUCACCUGCCAUGCUGACAGCCAUCACCUGCAGACAAAUUAUAUUCAUAUAGAUAUAUUUAUACAUAUACAUGUGUGUGCGUGUGUGUGUGUAAAACAAAAUAGCUAAAUACCAACCUCAACGAUGACCCGAAAGUGCAUCUGUGAGAUUUGUAACUGUGGGCGGCAUCACUGCCCACAUAUGCCAACAGGAUUCCACGACAAAACUUUGCAGCCUUGUCUGCUGACUGAAUAUCAUGAAAAAUACCCUUCCUAUGGAGAUAUCAAGCCCAGGGAAAACUACAAACCAAAACCUGAAAUUUUGUCUAAACGUGACAAAAUGGAAGGAACAUCAACAUUUAGAACAGAUUAUAUACCUCAUGAAAUCACACAGCGACCACAACCAACGCAACAUGAUUACAGACCAAAAUCUGGUGAGAUGGAUCACCAUACAACCUAUAAGGUAGACUUCAGCCCUCACAAGAUUAAGCCUGCUAAAAGUAUACGUCCUCCACAAUCAAAACCUGGGAAAGGAGGAAGAAUAGACACUGUACCGACAUAUAAAGAUGAUUACCGACUAUGGGACAUUCCCAAAAGAAAACCUAAACCUAUGGAACCUUACUGCCCACCUACAUCACGGUUUGGAAAUCCAUCCACAUUUCAAGAUGAUUUUGGUCCCAAAGGAAAUGUACUAAGGGAGAGUUUCAAACCACCUGACGCACCUAGGGUAUCUGAUGUUCCCUUUGAUGGCCUAACAAAUCACAAAAUCGCUUAUGUUCCUCAUCCGCUGGGGGAGCGAUAUGUUAGACCACCAGAUGAAUACAAACCAAGUGACAUACCUUUUGACAGCAUCACUACUCAUCGCCGUGAUUUCAGGGGACUGCAUGGAGAUCCGACCAAAAGCUUCAAACCUGAUCCUGGCAAGAUAGGAUCAGAUGCACCUUUUGAUGGCAACUCAGAAUUCCGUGAUCGUUUUCAAGCAUGGCCCAUCACCUUGCCAUAUGUCCACAAACAUCCAGACUAUGUGCAACCAGAAGGUCCAAUGGAUUUGAAUAGUACUUCCCACCUUGAUUAUGUUGGGUAUAAAGUCAAGCCACCAACUCCAUUCAAACCUGCGUUAACAAGAAGGGUCCAUGCUCCCUUCCAAGGGAGUACCACAAUGAAAGAUGACUUCAAAACAUGGGAUGUCAAAAAACCAGAGAUAAUCAAAAGAGUUGAAGAAAUAGGAAUACCAAAUGCAAAGUUUGAUGGAUUAACAACCUUUAAAUCUAAUUAUGUUCCUCAUCCAAUUAAACCAACUCAUAGCUUCAAACCAUCAGACACUCCUCUACAGAGUUCAAUACCAUUUGAUGCUGGAACCUUGUAUCGUACUGAAUAUACACCAAAGAGGCUAGAAAUCUGUCCUGCCAGCUAUCCAACUCCACCAGGCUAUGUCUAUGAAAGCACUGAUGCACGUGGUCAUAAAUUCUUCCACAAGAUGACUCCAUCAGAGGAAAAGCUGGCAGUAUCAAAUGAAAUGCAUCUUCCAAAGGAAGUAGCUGUAGCAUCCUAACAUCUUCAGAUGUAACUUCUGAUCUUAAAUUAUGUUGUUUUCCUAUAAUAGUACCAAACAUUUUAUUCAUUGUGUAAUACAAAUUGCAAUGCCUUUGUGUUACUUUGAAAAAACAGUGACAUUGAGUUUUGUCUCCCUCUAAUCUCAAUUCAUUAUGUUAACAGUUUGGCCAAUUAUUACAUUUAUCAUCCUUAUCGAUGAAAGAAAUUUACACUUAAAAACAUCAUAAACAACAUUCACUUCAAAUAUUUACUGGGAAAGUAGGAUUAUUAGGGCACAUAAAAUAGCAUCAAGGUGUCUCCAGACGUGGCUGAUUUUGUACAAUGUCCAUCUUUGAGUAUAUAUCAUUCUACUGUCCAUUCAAAGCCAAAACAAUCGAGCACUUCUUUUAGAAUUCUGAAAAUUGCAUUUUUUUUACCUAGAUGAAUUAGGUAAUUUGUAACUUUACAAAGAGCAAAUGAAGGCUCCUUUCUUAGAACAGAAAUCAUAAUGAAAAAUAUAAUCUGAACAUAUUAUAUCCCAGAAUGCUCUAUUCCGUAAUCAUUUACUUAAUGCGUCAGACAUUGCACACUUAUCACAACACACCCUUUUGAAUUGCCAUGAAUUCUUAGUCUGCUUAAUGUCAAAUGAAAUAACUGUGCCUUUCUGCAUUAUUCACAGUGAAAAAUUAUUUUCACUCUUUCAGAUAAUUAUUGGAAAGGAUUAUAAAUGAUCCAUCUUU